AUGGUCUGUUGUAUAAUAUCUUAUUUACGUACUUUAAAUAUUUUUCAAUCAAAUAAUACUGAUAAUGAAGAUCAACAUGAAAUUGAAAAUAAUUUAAUUGCAACACGAGUUUAUCUUAUUGUAUUAAUAUUAACAUUUAUUAGUCUCACAUUUAGUUUAUCAUUAAUAACACAAACAACAAAAGUAACAUUACGUUAUCCAACUGUUGAACAAGUUAAAACUCUUCCACUUGAUUUACAAUGUCCAUGUUCUCGUUUAUCUAUAAUUUAUGGAACAUUUAUAACACUUGAAGCACGUUUUCAUCAAAUAUGUUCAAGUGAUUUUAUAUCUGAACGAUGGAUUAAAGCAAUUUAUUCCGGUAGAAAUUCAACACAUUUUUAUCAAGGAGAUUUUCGUGGUAUUGGUAGUGCUCAGUUUCAAGUUCUUGCAAGUCUUUGUCAACUUUCACAGAAUAAUGUUGAAGAUGGUCUUUCAUCUUUUUAUGAUACUUCAUUGAUUAAUUCACAAAUGUUAUUUGAAGAUUUAUUAAAAGCAACAAUUCAAGUUUCAAUUCAACAAUUUAAUACAACAGUACCUGUUACUUUUAAAUCACAAUUAGAUCUAAUAAAUAAAUUAAUAUUUGGUAAUCAACUUAUAUCAGGAUUAAGAACAACAUUAGAUGUUGAAUAUAUAAAUAAUGGAGAAUCAAAUAUAUUUGCUAAUUAUUUAUUUUACGGAAAUUCUAAUAUAACUGAAAAUAAAUGUGUAACAGAUUAUAAUAUUGGAGUAUUAUCUGGAAUUUAUAAUAUAUCGAAUAAUGAAACAACAAUAUUAUUUCAUAUACCUGGAUUUCUUAGUGGUUGUAUGCCAAUAAAUUCACUUCUUCAAUCUACAUUAGAAUGUUUUUAUAAUCAAACAUGUAUCGAUAAACUUCUUUCUUAUUUAUCUACAAAUGAAACAUUUCAAGCAAUGAAUGAAACUAAACAAACACUUUUUCCAUCGAAAUUUACAAUACAAUCAAUUAUUAAUGAUAUUAUGGUAGAAGAAUGGAUAUCAAAUAUUUCAUAUGAAAAAUAUUUUAAUCAAUGUGCACCAAUUUCAUGUACUUAUUCACAAAUUCAACGACAUGAUUCUAUAUAUAUUUUAAUUGGAAUUAUUAGUUUAGUUGGAGGUAUAACAUUAAUUCUUGGAAUUAGUAUUCCAAUUAUAAUUCAAUUUAUAAGAAAACCAAAAAUUAAAGAAAUCAAAUCUAAACCAAAAAUUUCAUGUAAGAUUGAAUUAUAA